GGCAUCCACCGCGGCGGGGUCGCGCAGAGCCGGAAGCGAGUGCAACUCCCGGCUGAGCCACCUCAUUCAUCCGCAGUAUGGCGGCGCCGGGCAGCAGCGUCCUGUGCCUCUUCGAUGUGGACGGGACCCUGACCGCCCCCAGGCAGAAAAUCACAGCAGAAAUGGCAGAUUUUCUGCAGAAGCUGCGGAAGAAGGUGAGAGUUGGAGUUGUAGGUGGUUCAGAUUUUGACAAAGUUCAAGAGCAGCUGGGAGACGAUGUGGUUGAAAAAUUUGACUACGUCUUUCCAGAAAAUGGUCUUGUAUCAUACAAAGAUGGGAAAUUUUUGUGCAAGCAGAGCAUUCAAAGUCACCUGGGUGAGGACCUGCUCCAAGAUCUAAUCAACUAUUGUCUGAGUUACAUUGCAAAAAUUAAACUGCCAAAGAAAAGGGGUACUUUUAUUGAGUUCCGAAAUGGGAUGCUGAAUGUCUGCCCUGUUGGGAGAAGCUGCAGUCAGGAAGAGCGAAUCGAGUUCUAUGAACUUGAUAAAAGGGAACAUAUAAGAGAGAAAUUUGUAGCUGAUUUACAAAGAGAAUUUGCAGGAAAAGGCCUCACAUUUUCUAUAGGGGGGCAGAUAAGCUUUGAUGUAUUUCCAAAUGGCUGGGAUAAGACAUACUGCUUAGGAAUUGCCUGCAACGAUGGAUACAAGACUAUCUAUUUCUUUGGAGAUAAGACCAUGCCAGGUGGAAAUGAUUAUGAAAUCUACACAGACUCCCGAACAAUAGGCCACAGUGUCACAUCACCAGAGGACACAAGAAGAAUCUGUGAAGAGCUAUUUUUUUAAAUAAAUGACUUUGUUUUCCUUUAGAUUUGACAGCAGCCAAACACUGUGUUCAGCUAAAGUCAAGAAGAAAUACCAAUCCCUUCGAACAUGAAAUAUUUCACUUCUUUCCAGUGGUGUUUUUUCUUAAUGGUUCACAAACAGCAAAUGUUCUGUUAAUCAUACAUCACUAGCAAGAAUUCAAUGUUGAUUUGUCGAAUAUAGCAAAAUUUGUUUAGGAACCAAUCUUUUGUAUUCCCAUAGCCACAAGUUUAAUUCAGUUAUGUACUGAUGUCUUUUUAAAAAUGAAUUAUCUAACUAGGAUAUGUAGAUUCAGCUGUUUUUUUCUCUGAAGUGGUACAUUGGGGAACAUAAUUGAAAACUCCUACAACUAGACAUUUUUGGCUCAAAUUAACACUACCUGAUUUAACUCCUCAUAAGCUAAAAUUAAAAAUUCACUGGCAUAUUUGAUUCUUAGCAAUGUUAGUUUUGGAUUUAGAUUUAGUGGAUUCUGUGAUAAGGGAGAAAUGACACCAUUAAGUGAAUGUGCUUUAAAAAUAGGUGUAGUAAAAAACAGGGAGCGAGACUUGUCACCUUCAAAUAAAGUAAUUUUUCUGCA